AUGCGCCUGACCCUCAUACCCAUGCCGGACGCCGCCGAGUCGCUUCAGCUGCGAGGCAAGCCAUGGUUGCGCGGGUGCAUGUGCUGGGGGGAAGCUGUCUCCCAAGAAAGCACUACCCACCAUGGCAUGCUUGCCUACUGUCCCACCCUUCCUUCCACCCCUCACCGCUUUCCCGGUGUUCCCCAUCCUGCCCAUCCUCCGUUGAAGCAGAGGAUGAGUACGGAAAAGGACGUGCUGGCACGGCAGCUGAGCGAGGAGCAAGUAGAGCAGCUGCACACUCUCAGGGCCAGCCGCUACUUCCUUCUCCUUGACCAGACACUGGCGCACCGACCACCUCCUCCACCUCCCCUUCUGCCAUCGCUCUCACAGUCACGCGCCCAGCCACCAGCGCCCCCGCCCGUGUCACUCCCAGGAUCGCAACCCCAGGCAGCUACAGCAGCAGGCUCACAACAGCCAUCGGCAACGUCACCCUCCUCCUCCGCGGCGCUGGCAGCAGAGAGCGAGUCGCCCAACUUCUGCUUCUCGCAGCCGCUCUCCCUUGUCCGCAUCUCCUCCCUCACUCCCUCCCUCACUCCUUCCCCCUCCAUCGUCCCCUCCCUCGCUCCUUCCCCCACUUUCGCCCCCUCCCUCACUCCGUCACCCUCCCUCGCCCCCUCCCUCGCUCCGUCACCCUCCCUCGCCCCCUCCCUCGCUCCGUCACCCUCCCUCGCCCCCUCCCUCGCUCCGUCACCCUCCCUCGCCCCCUCCCUCGCUCCUUCCCCCGCCCUCGCCCCCUCCCUCGCUCCGUCACCCUCCCUCUUUCCUGCCUCUCCUCAUGCCCCCACCGUCCUGACUACAACCGCCGCUGCGCCUGCCACUCCCACGGUCACAGCGAAGCAGCUCUACUACCACAUCAAGGCGUUCCUGGCGGGGCGAGCUGGGGGGAGUGAUAGUGUGCAUGGCAGUGCGGACGGUGGUGGGGAAGGUACUAAUGGGGAGAGUGGAGGGGAGGAGGAGGCGCAGGCCAUGUGGCGUGUGGUGCCGGCAUGCGGGGUUGAGUCAGCAGAGGGGCUGAGUGGAGCACUGUUGCGCAUGGGCAUGUGGGCGGGGGUGUGCAGCACACGCAACGCCACCACGCCACUGCACGUGGCGGCGUAUGGCGGCCACGUGGAUUGCAUGCGCCUGCUGGUGGAGGACGGGGCUGACAUCCGCGCUCGCACUGCUGGCGGCUCGUCCUUUCUUUGCUCUCCUGCCUUCACCUUGACCCUCUCCAUCCUGCUGUCCUCCCGCAUUGCUUCCGAAGCUGCUUUCGUCCCCUGCCUAUAUCCGACCGCCUCCCGUCAUCCACCCUCCACUCUCCCAGGGACGCCGCUGCAUAGCGCAACGAGCCAGGAGCAGCGGGACGCAGUGAGAUGGCUGGCACGGCGGGGGAUAGAACCAGCAGAGGUGGAAGCAGCCAGGGCCAGCCCCAAGGCGCACCUCAAGGCGCACCUCAAGGCGCACCUCAUGGCAAGGGCGGUGCAGAUGGUGCGGGAGGAGCAUGAGAGGCGCGUGGGGUGUGGGGGGAUGGAGGAGCAUGGAUGGGGGGACGAGCCUUGUGUGAAUGCAUUUCUUGCGCUUCCUGAUUUCCUUCUCCCACUGCUCAGUGGUUAG